CAGUGACAGGGCACGUGAUCAAUUUUUUAUAAUGCUUUGCAUAUUUAAAAUAAAAUAAUGUGGAGCUGACGUGGCAGACUCGGCUGUAUAUUCAUGUGCACUAUGAAUAUAUAAGUAUAUUGCCUCAAAAGAGAUAGGGAGAGAAUAGGUGCUGCAGAGAAAAGUCGUUUUUCAUGUCAUUAUUGUGCUACCGCUGCUUGCCCUGUUUCAAGACUAGAGUUAGUGUAAGCAGCUCUAAGCUGGACGAGACAGAGUCAUCAAUGGAGUCUUUUGUGAAAUUGCAAAAGGACGCAGGAACUAUAUUGGAAGCUUUUCCAUUGCUGCCAUUAUCCGUCGACAGGAUGAAUCAAUACAGGGCGAACGUCGCUGACUAUGAACUAAAGACUGUCAUAGGUAGAGGGUUCAGUGGUGCUACCACUAUCUCACUCGCAAGGCACCGGCCAUCCAAAUCUUUGGUGGCUGUUAGGAAAACCAACCUGGAGCUUUCUGCAGAAGAUGUUCUACUUGUGCAAAAUGAGAUAACAGUAACUAGGCAGCUGAGUCAUCCCAAUUUAUUGCCAUACUACUGCACUAUAGUCAUCAACAGGGAAGUGUGGACGAUCGCUCCUGUCAUGGCCUAUGGUUCUGUACAGGACCUGAUACAUGCGCACUUUCAUAACGGUCUCCACGAGCUAGCGAUCUCGCUGAUUCUGCGUGAUGUUCUUAAAGGUCUAGAUUACCUACACCAUCUCGGAUAUGUACAUAGAAGUAUUAAAGCUAGUCACAUUUUGAUAUCGCUGAAUGGAAAAGCCUGUUUGACAGGACUACGAUCCUCCAUUAGCAUGAUACGACACGGCGUGCGCUUAAAACGCAUCCACGACUUCCCUAGGUCACAGAUCGAAACCAAUAUGUAUUGGUUGAGUUCGCAAAUAUUAAGUCAGAAUUUGGAAGGCUAUGGACCAAAGUCUGACAUGUACAGUCUUGGAAUUACUGCUUGUGAAAUGGGCAAUGGUUGUGUACCAUUUCAAGACAUGGCUCCUUCCCAGAUGCUUCUAGAGAAGUCUAAUGGCACAAUGCCACGACUGCUCGACUCAACGACAGUUGAUGCAAGCAUGUUACAGGAUAAAGAGCAGGCUGUAGAGGCUGACUCAAUUCCCAAUCUAGCAGAAAAUGAUGCUGGUCCAUCAGGAGCUGAUAAAGGCUCGUUCGACUCGCUGUCUUCUGAUCAGGCUGCUUAUAAAAGGACGUUUUCGUGCAUGUUUCACCAGUUUGUUGAAGCCUGCCUUCAUAGAAACCCAUCAUUAAGGCCAACUGCAGCUCAGUUGUUUCAUCAUGCAUUUAUAAAACAAGUUCGAAAACUACCAGUGGGAUUGCCAGUUCUCUUGUCACCAGUUAAACCUCUCAAGGAUGCAGACCCAUUUCCAAAUGACAUGUCAGGUGAGCCUGAGGUCGAUGCAGUCACAGAGACAAUGGAGAAUUUGGAGAUCGAGACGUGGGAUUUCUAGUCGACAACGCGUCAGAGCCUACUUUGGGAUUCGGAGCAGUGCUCUGAAUCGCAUUCCGACGCCGACUUAACAGUGUUCUGAUGGACGAGCCAACAGACCAACACUUGUGCACAAUGUUGAAGAAGAAAGUGAGAUAGUGACAGAGCGAGUAAGUGGGCCUACCUUUGGUGCUGUCGUAGCUGUCGGUUUUGCUACGACUAUUCGGGUUGCAGUUAGGCCUCUUUUAAAGGGUUUCAAGAUAAGAGCAACAUGGCUGUGAUGUAUUGAUGGAUGGUUGCAAAGGUUGGGCAGGUGCGACUGUAUUAGACUAUCUGCGGGAACAGAGGAGCAGGCUAAACUGCAAAGCGAGAAGAUAAAUGAAAUUAUAUGUAUUUAGGCUAUAUAUCGUCAAUUUUACUCUACUAGACAGUAAAUGUGUUACGUGUCUACCCUCUCUCUAUCACUAAGAGGGCACGUGCACGCGGUUUUUUGAUAAACAUUAACAAAAGAGAAUACAUUUCAUUAAUAUAUGAGAGGAGUAUAAACUACCCUCUCGCGUUGACAUUAGUCAUGUAUGCACAACUGCAUGUAAAACACUGUCACUGUUGGUGUGGUGUGAAAGCAUGAAGCUAGUCUAAUAGACUGAUAUAGUAUGAUAGUGUAGAUAUGGCGGUAAGUGUAGUACACUGAAUGCUAACAUGUCACUAUGCCAUACUUGUUUAUAUUGCUUCUUGUUUACUGGAUCUACUGUAAGCUGUCUGUAUGCUGUGGGUAGUGACUUUUCUAUAGUGAAUUCCCCCAUUGUAAAUGUUUCCUGAUUCACUUCUUCUCACCCUUUUGACUUUCUCCUUUUUCUCCUUUAGUCUACUAAAAGCUACUCUCGUCUACUAAGGAACUUCUAAGGAAGUUCACGUCCCCCCCCCCUUUCCUUAGCUCCUGUUGUUAUCGGAUGAAGCAUGUUGAAUGAUAGAAACAGCUCUCAGUGAAUAUCAAAAUGGCGUAGCAAUCACGAUGUCAAUAUAAAUGGCCCCACGUCACCUUGAACUCUAUUCCGUAACUCUUACGUGGCAGGUUUCUUAAAGUAGUUGAAUGGUUUUAAGAAUAAAAAGUGUAGGGCCAUUAUAGAGUUUUUGUAAUGAAUUUACCUAAUUGUACUUUACCUGUAAAAGGCGUAAUGGAACGUUGGCUUAUUAAUUUUAUUAUCAUAUCUGAGGCAGUUGGGUGCAGGCUGUAGUAUCUCUGUGUAUCUGAAUAGCUCUGACCGUUAGAUGACCCCAGGCAUUCUAAAUCUAGCCUUGCUAAGAGCUCUGCUGCUCUGUGUUGCCCCGAGUUCACGAAUUUCAGAGCACAUCUAUGCCACACUUCAUCCCUAGGUAAGACUAAUUUUGUUUCCGACACAGGGCCCCUGGAUGAUAAAGGCGGAACUAACGAACUUACUUACUGCCUUUUAUUUGCCCUUUCCGGCCUCCAACGAUGAAGGUUACGGGUUUGUGAGAGGCAAAAGCUCAAAUUAGAAUCAAAGAAUUACGAAAGCUGAGCUUUUCUAUUUUGGUCAGAUGACGUACGUAGCUUCGCUGACAAGUAAACGAGCAGGAAACGCUUACUAGUUCAUAGAGCUUGAUAUAAGGAGAUAAAGCAAACCUACAAAGAUAAACGCUAGUGUAAUGUGUGCAGAUAGUAUUAGAUAAAUGGGGCCAACUUACAUUUCGUGCUGAUGUUGGUACGUGGUCGUUUGUAGUGUUUGACCCUCUGCACAGUUGCAAUUUAACUGUGAACUGGCAAUGUCACUCGAGCUUGUAGAUUCAUUUGCAUCCCUGUUACUUGGUUAUUGGUAAACUGGAAAAAUGUUUUCACUGAUUAGUGAAAUUUCUCUGCUAUGUCGGAAUUGAAAAAAGACUGCAGAACAAUUAAUCUAAAACUCAUUAUUGCAAACUUUGGCUUCUCAAUCGUUACACAGAUCGCAACCCUUUCCACUGUACCUUACUUAUACUAACCCCUCUUUCUCUGCUUCUCACUUUUUCUUGUCUUUUUUUACUAAUUUUCUUCAAUAUUUAUAUCCUAACGUUUUUUUUGUAGUCCGUGUCUGGCUGACAUGUAAAUGUGUAAAGAAGUGACCCUACAGGUUGGUUGGACUGAUUUAUUGUUUUUCCUGCGUUAUUUACCAACCUCCUUUUCUUUUUGGCGUAUAACUUUCUUUGGCCGACGGAUGUCACGAAUGUAUAGUCGACUAGUCGUAAUAUUGCUGUAUAUAUAAAACUUCUGCACGUCUAACCAAUGAUGCUGGGUGUCAGGUAAUAGGGUAGAAAAUAUACGUAAAAGAUUAGAUUUAUGGUGGACGGAGAUAUGCUUACGUGAGCGCGUGGUACUGUAUCACACAAUAAUAUUUUCAAAAUAGGUCAAGGAAAAACUUGUGCAGAUGGGAUGCACAGGCGGCCGACUCCGUUUUCGUGUGCUAGCGGCAGCUGUACAUAUAGCAGUUUUUUUUUAUGAUGACCCGCAGCAGAGCCUUAUUUUGCUAGUCGUUAUUCGUUUGAAUUUUUGUAGUAUGCGGAAAAAAAUUGGCGCUAAGACGUUGCAGUACUAAGAAACAGACGUUUCCACUAUGUGGGUGAAUUGAUUUUCCGUUUGAUUUACAUGGACGGUAUCAGAUAGUCUCGCGUGGUCUCACGUUCGAUUAUAUUGAUCAAUUUGAACUACAAUUAAAUUACCACUUACCUGUUUGAAUUAUUAGAUGCUCAAUAUAAUAGUCUGCUUUUAUUGCUAGCGCAAUACUGUUUUACUCGUGUUCCACUAUACCGAGCAAGAUGAAAUCGGGUGUUUGUUUUUAUUCACGCCUGAUGAAAUGCUUAUCAAAGAUUAUAUUAUAUUGCAAGAAAACAAUUAUAUGGCCAUGCAAAAUGCAGGUUUAGGAAUGUCUGCAUGUUACAACCUCUUUGCAGUAUUUAGUGUAGUUUCUGCCUGUCAGGUGUCAUUUGUAAAGUAUGUUUCUAUAGUACUCACCUAAUGAAAUUACUGUACAAAGUUCGCUUAGAAUCGUUAGAUUGCUGGUUCUAUCAUUACUGUUUCAUUACCAAGAUGUUCUAGUUUCUUUAAAAAUAUAGUAAAUUUAAGUCGUAUUGUUUCUAGAAAUACUGUUUCGUUUGUAGAAUGAUUUCCGUGCAUUAUUAUUUUGCCUAGUAUUUGCAUAAGAAAAGCAUCAUACUGCAUGAGUGUGAUUUGCGAUUUAUCGUACAAAACUUAUAUAUAAUGUAAGAGGUGAGCAACACUGAUGAUCAAUCUCGUUGA